AUUUUGAAAUGUUGUUGUUAAAGUUAAUGUUAGAUUAGUAAACAAUAGCAACAGCAGCUGUAGCUGUAGCAACAACAACAUCUAGUUAAAUAGCAAAAACAACCUAAAACUAUGUUGAAUCAACAUAAAAAUGUUUUAGUAUAAAUUAAUCAAUGAUGAACAUCAGCAACAUCAGUACCAACGACUUCUUCAGACGGUUAACUUGAUUUACUCACAAAAAACUAAACCACCGUUUAAAAUGAAAUUCUUCAUUGCUUUUGCUCUUUUGGCUGUUGCCUCUGCUGAUGUAAGCCACUUGUCCAGGACAUACUUGCCUCCUGUACACAGUGCUCCUGCUGUCCACUAUUCUGCCCCUGCUGUUCAUCACAGCUACUCGGCUCCUGCUGUUGAAACCGUCCAUCACUCCGCACCAGUUGUUCACCAAACUUACUCUGCUCCCGCUGUACACACUGUUGCUGUUCAACACCACCAUCACUCUGCUCCAGCCCCAGCACCAGUUAACGAAUACUUGCCUCCCGUACAAGAAACCUACUCUGCUCCAGCUGUACAACAGACUUACUCCGCCCCAGCUGUUCAACAAACUUAUUCUGCUCCAGCUGUUCAACAAACUUACUCCGCCCCAGCUGUCCAAACCACCUACUCUGCUCCCUCUGUAAGCUACUCUGCCCCAGCUGUUCAACAAACUUACUCCGCACCUGCUGUCCACUACUCUGCACCAGCUGUUCAGACCACCUACUCUGCCCCAGCUGUACAACAACAAACCUACUCAGCUCCCGCUGUCCACUACUCCGCUCCAGCUGUUCAAACCACCUACUCUGCCCCAGCUGUACAACACCACCACUCAGCUCCCUCUGUCAGCUUCUCCAGCGGUAGCUCUGGUACUCAAUACGCUUCCAACGGUGGUUAUGUUUACAGAAAGAAUAAUAAUGGGGAGAAUUUCAAUUAUUUGAGAAUUAAAGAUCUAAUUUAUGCUAAUCAUGUACAGAGAGGGAUCAUCAGUAUAAACUCAACGUUUGUAAGCUGUACAACCGAAAAAAAAACUUUCUUUGUUAUUACGAUGGCUGCUUUGGCCACAUUAGCCUGUGCUGAUGUCAGCCAUUUAGGCAGUUAUAAUUAUCCUGCUCCUGCUUCUACCGAAGUUGCCGCCUAUACACCUAAACAGUCAUCGGCAGGUCAGAGCUAUAGUCAACAGAGUUAUAGUCAAUCGCAAUCUCAUGCUCAAAUUGAAUCGAUCAAAGCUUCCGUGCCAGUAGCUAGCUUUUCUAUACAACAAACUCAGGGGCAAGAACAAAGCUUUGGUUCACAAAGCCAUUCAAAUGCUCAAGCUGCUGGAUCUUACAACUAUAAUGCUCCCGUUCAACAACAGCAGCAACAACAACAUUACUCUGCACCAGUUCAACAACAAUCGUACUCUGCUCCUGCACCAGUACAACAACAGUCGUACUCUGCUCCUGCACCAGUACAACAACAACAACAAUCAUACUCUUCUCCAGCUCAAUCUGAACGCUCUUAUUUGCCUCCUGCACCACAACAACAGUAUUCAGCUCCAGCUCCAGUACAGCAACAAAGCUACUCUGCUCCAGCUCCCAGCCCAGUUCAAUCUUACUCUGCUCCCGCCCCAGCUCCAGUACAGCAACAAAGAUACUCUGCUCCAGCUUCAGUGCAACAAAGCUAUCUCCCUCCCGUGCAACAACAGCAAUCAUACUCUGCUCCAGCCCCAGUACCACAACAAUCAUACUCUGCUCCUGCCCCAGCUCCCCAACAAACCUACUCUGCUCCCGCUCAAGUACAACAAAGCUACUCUUCUGCCGGUCAAGUUCAAGAGCAAUCUUUUGAAGUUAAUGAGCAACAACAAUCCUUCGGAGGUGUUGAAUCAACUGGCGCCGUAGACAAUGGUGCUUAUAAUUAUCCUGCUCCUGGUCAACAAAGCUACUCAGCUCCUGCUCCCGCACCAGUUCAACAGAGCUACUCUGCUCCUGCCCCCGCACCUGUUCAACAACAAUACUCUGCUCCUGCCCCAGCUCCUGUACAACAAUCUUACUCUGCUGCAGUACAACAAUCUCAAUCAGCUGCUGUAGAAGGUGGAUCUUAUAGAUACCAAUCUGCUACUCCAGUACAAUUAUUCUCCGCUGCUGCCCCAGCUCCAGUGCAACAACAAUACUCCGCUCCUGCCCCAGCUCCAGUACAACAACAAUACUCUGCUCCUGCCCCAGCUCCUGUACAACAACAAUACUCUGCUCCUGCCCCCAGCUCCAGUACAACAAAGCGUAGAAGUGGUUCUUAUAACUAUCAACCUGCUGCUCCAGUACAACAACAAUUCUGCCCUGCACCAGUACAACAACAAUACUCUGCUCCUGCAUCAGUACAACAAACUGUCAGCACUUCCUCCGCUGCUGUAGCAACAGGUUCAUAUAACUAUCAAGCUCAAGGACAAGUACAGCAACAAUCAUACUCAGCUCCUGCCCCAGCUCCUGUACAACAACAAUACUCUGCUCCUGUCCCGGCUCCAGUACAACAAAGCGUAGAAAGUGGUUCUUAUAACUACCAACCUGCUGCUCAAGUACAACAAUCCUACUCUGCUCCAGCUCCCGUACAACAAUCCGUUUCUACAUCCGCUGCUCCUCAAAAUGUACAAUACUCUGUACCUGCCCCACAAAAGAUCAGUUUCCCCACAUCGGCCCCGGCUCCAGCUGCCCCAGCACCAACCCCUGAAAUUGGUACAGUCUAUGGCAAGAAUGGCGGUUAUGUCUACCGUAAAUUCUAAUUGAAGAAUUUCUAUGAAAUUCUUUUCAAUUUGAAAAAGAAAGUUGUGAUCACUAAUAGAAUUGCUGCGCCAUGACACAAUUCUAAUCAUUAUUAUUUUGUUUUAUAUUAGCAUUUUUUUCGUGUUGUUAUUACUUGUUUAUAAUUUGUUUUUCUCAUUUAGGAUAAUUUUUUAUAACGAACGCAUUUAAUUAAGUAGUUCCAUUAAUAAAAGAAUUGUUUUUAAUUUUUUUGUUUUAAAA